UUGCGCGUUGCACCGCCCGUCAAGUGUCUGGCCCGGGGUUUUCUGUCCCCGUUUCACUAUCCUUCCUCGUAUGUCCCCCAUCUCUCCAUCGGGAAUUAUUAAUGUUUUUCUUCCUCAUGAGUGCUGUUUUGUUCCUGUUUGUACUAUAAUUUUACAUAAACACGGGGGAGGGGGGAAGGGAAACUCUCCAUCUCUUCUCAGCCAGCUGCUUCCCUCCCCUUUAAACGAGGAUGUAUUCCGCCGGCGAACCCGAUCUACCUUCCCCAACACCACCUGUGCAGACGUUGGCAACUUUCAAACCACCUGUGAGACCUGAUUUUGGUACUAUGGGUCGACCAAUCAAAUUACAAGCCAACUUCUUUGAAGUGGACAUUCCAAAAAUUGAAAUUUACCAUUAUGACAUAGACAUAAAACCAGACAAAUGCCCGAGAAGAGUCAACAGAGAAAUUGUUGAACAUAUGGUUCAGCAUUUUAAAAACCAGAUCUUUGGUGAUCGGAAGCCAGUGUUUGAUGGAAGGAAAAACCUCUAUACAGCAAUGCCUCUUCCAAUAGGGCGAGACAGGGUGGAGCUGGAGGUAACUCUGCCAGGGGAAGGAAAGGACAGAAUCUUUAAGGUGGUGAUAAAGUGGGUGGCAUGUGUCAGUCUCCAAGCUCUGCAUGAUGCACUUUCAGGUCGUCUCCCAGCUAUUCCUUUUGAAUCUAUUCAAGCACUAGAUGUAGUGAUGAGACACCUGCCCUCCAUGAGGUACACUCCAGUAGGCCGUUCAUUCUUCACACCAUCUGAGGGGUGCUCUAAUCCUUUGGGAGGGGGCAGGGAAGUGUGGUUUGGAUUUCAUCAGUCUGUCAGACCUUCAUUGUGGAAAAUGAUGCUUAAUAUUGAUGUAUCUGCUACAGCGUUUUAUAAAGCCCAACCAGUGAUUGAAUUCAUGUGUGAAGUUUUGGAUUUUAAAAAUAUUGAAGAGCAGCAGAAACCAUUAACUGACUCCCAGAGAGUGAAGUUCACCAAAGAGAUCAAAGGACUCAAGGUGGAGAUCACUCAUUGUGGCCAAAUGAAAAGAAAGUAUAGAGUGUGCAAUGUUACCAGAAGACCAGCAAGCCAUCAAACAUUUCCACUUCAGCAGGAGAAUGGGCAGACUGUUGAAUGCACAGUAGCACAAUAUUUCAAGGACAAGCACAAACUAAAUCUUCGCUAUCCUCAUUUACCAUGUCUACAAGUUGGACAGGAGCAAAAACAUACGUAUCUUCCUCUUGAGGUGUGUAACAUUGUAGCUGGGCAGAGAUGUAUAAAAAAACUGACAGACAAUCAAACCUCAACAAUGAUUAGAGCCACUGCCAGGUCUGCACCAGACAGACAAGAUGAGAUCAGCAAACUGAUGAAAAGUGCUAGUUUUAAUGCUGACCCCUAUGUUCAGGAAUUUGGAAUAGGAGUGAGAGAUGACAUGACAGAUGUACCAGGUCGUGUUCUUCAGGCACCUUCCUUGUUGUAUGGUGGUCGGAAUAAGACAGUUGCUACUCCAAUUCAGGGUGUGUGGGAUAUGCGCGGCAAACAGUUUCAUACAGGCAUUGAGGUGAAAGUCUGGGCAAUUGCCUGUUUUGCUCCACAGAGGCAGUGCAGAGAAGAUACACUGAAAGCAUUCACAGACCAGUUAAGGAAGAUAUCCAGGGAUGCUGGGAUGCCAAUACAAGGCCAACCUUGCUUUUGUAAAUACGCACAAGGUGCAGAUAGUGUGGAACCCAUGUUCAGGCACCUGAAGAAUACAUAUGCAGGACUUCAGCUGGUGGUAGUGGUGCUUCCUGGAAAAACGCCAGUUUAUGCGGAAGUUAAGCGCGUGGGUGACACGUUACUUGGCAUGGCAACACAAUGUGUGCAGGUGAAAAAUGUACUGAAAACCUCUCCUCAAACACUUUCCAACCUCUGUCUGAAGAUCAAUGUUAAGCUAGGAGGUGUCAAUAAUAUCUUGGUGCCACAAGGAAGACCUGCAGUGUUUCAGCAGCCAGUGAUAUUCCUGGGUGCAGAUGUAACACAUCCACCAGCUGGAGAUGGCAAGAAACCUUCCAUUGCUGCAGUGGUUGGUAGUAUGGAUGCUCAUCCAAGUCGUUAUUGUGCCACAGUCCGUGUACAGCAGCAUCGGCAGGAAAUCAUUCAGGACCUUGCUUUCAUGGUCAGAGAACUCCUUAUUCAAUUUUACAAAUCCACUCGCUUCAAACCAACACGCAUUAUAUUCUAUAGAGAUGGAGUUUCAGAAGGGCAGUUUCAACAGGUGCUCCAUCAUGAGUUGCUGGCUAUUCGAGAGGCAUGUAUUAAGCUAGAAAAGGACUACCAACCUGGUAUUACUUUUAUUGUGGUUCAAAAACGACAUCACACCAGACUUUUCUGUACUGACAAGAACGAAAGGGUUGGUAAAAGUGGCAAUAUUCCAGCAGGCACAACGGUGGAUACAAAAAUAACACACCCAUCAGAAUUUGACUUCUACCUGUGCAGCCAUGCUGGCAUUCAGGGGACGAGCAGACCAUCUCACUACCAUGUGCUUUGGGAUGAUAAUCGCUUCAAUGCAGAUGAACUUCAGAUCCUCACAUAUCAGCUUUGCCACACGUAUGUCCGAUGUACGCGGUCGGUAUCCAUCCCAGCUCCAGCCUAUUAUGCUCAUUUGGUAGCUUUCCGUGCCAGAUACCAUUUGGUGGACAAGGAGCAUGACAGCGCCGAAGGGAGUCACACAUCUGGCCAGAGUAAUGGCCGGGAUCAGCAGGCUUUGGCUAAAGCUGUACAGGUUCACCAGGACACUCUGCGCACUAUGUAUUUUGCUUGACAGGUGUCCUAAGUUGGGAUUUCUGAACAGAGCUGGGCUAAGACCAGACCGGCUGCAUUUUCCAGGCAGUGUAGUGAUGAACGAGCAGUUAAUGUGUUUCUGUUGCUGUGUACAUUGCAAUACCUUGCAGGCCUCUUUCAACUAUGAGGUAAAAUCUCACCUGCCUGUCAAUGUGUGAGUCAAAUUGCCUGUAAGUCUUUUCUUGAACAGCAAAAACAGGGAAUAUUAGGCUUGUAAUAGAUUUCUUGAUAUGUAGUCAUGAAUCGAAGUUAAAUAACUGCAACUUAAUCUUGUUAGUUAAAACUAGACUGGAGACUGUUGUGGAUAGAAUAAGAAAGUAUUUGGUGGAAAUAUUAUAACAUGCAGCAGCAGCAUAUUUAAUGGAGGUUACUUAGGACUGCAAUAUUUGGAAAAAUUGUAAGGAUAGUGAGAGUCUUUAAAGACAUAGUAAUCCCGACUGUUGGCUUCAAAUGGCAGAAUUUUGAAACUUGGAAUUGAACAUCAACAGCAUUCCUUUUAUUAUAUCUGGAGUUUUAUCCAGUGAAUUCAGUGAAGUCUACUGUAAUACAGUACUGUGAAGCACGGCCAUCUUGUAAGUGGGUAAGGGAAAAAAGUCUUUUAACACUGAAAGUAAGUUUAUGAAGAACUAGUGCUUUUCCUUUUUGUGCAGGCAAUAUAUUGUAUUGGUUUGACUUUCUCAGCAGUUCUGAGAUGUCAUCUAUGACUAUUAACAGAAGGAAUGCAGUCUCUUUUUAAGAUGUGUUUAGUAGAAAAUAAUGGUGUGUGUGUGUUUGGAACAAUUAAUCUUUGGAGACAAUCUGUAAAAAUAACAAGAACAGAUGGGCACUACUAUUUUAUAUAUUGAGCUCUUAAUAUUUUUGUAAGAUGCUGCAAUUGUUUAGUUCUCGGAUCUCCGUACGAUAUACCAGUGAUUCAAAAGUGACAUUUUUAUGCUGUGGUUAUCUGGUCGGCCACUGCUGUGGCUUGGCAUCAUAUCGAAUAUAAGGAUUACCAUGACCAUCACUUCACCGAUUUGAGUUCAGUUAUUACAGGUCAGUCAGAUGAGAACUAUCAAAAUUGAAACUUUUUAGCAUGAAGUAAAUUUUAACUACCUCGUGGUUAUUCUCAUGCAGCAAAAACAGAAUGAGCACAUGCCAUUGUUAUGUUCGCAAAGCAGUUCAAAGAUGGUGCUAGGUUUUUGCCAUGAGGCAAGCAUUUUUGUAAUGGUAGUCAUCUAAAUGAUGUAAACUGAUCCCUGGAUUAAGAUCCAUCCUGAGAUUGAAGCCAAAUCUCUUUAUGAUUAUCUACAACACCUUUUCAAAGGCCUAUAUGCACUUGUGACUCAAAGCAUUGUAUAAAGUAUCCAGUUUUAUAUACCUCAACCCUGCAAAUGUUCAAAUCUAUUGGAAGGCAUAACCAGCAUAAACUUCAGUGUUAACAACUUGCGUAUGUGGCCAUGAAUAAAAACCAUAUUUUACAUAGAUAUUUAGGAUACAACUUCUGUUUUGAACAUCAUGUGACAAACAUAUAGAUACAGGCAAGUCUAUUGCAGAAGUGUUAGAUCAACUGCUUUCAACUAUUUCUGUAUUUGGCUACAUUUUUAUACAAGGAAGGUGAUAAUGCUGCAAAUUGUGUUACACAAAUGGGCAUAUUUUGCCAAACAAGUUCAAUGUUUUUAAAAAACUUUUUUUUUAUGAAAUGUCUACUGAAAAAUUGAUGAGCAAUGCUUCUUAAAGAAAAUGCAAAUUACAUGUUCUCCUAAUGCUUCUUCUGGAAUCCUGUAAUUUUUUUCCACUUUAUAAUUUUAAAACUGUUUGAGGAAUGGAUGUAGCAAAGGACACAGUAAGUGUAUCAAUUUUCAGUACUGAAAUAGUUCUAUUGAGACUUCUGAAUAGUUGUGAAAAAUCUGUAGAAGUGGAGUAAGUCUUUGCCACACUCAUUAGUUAAAACACUAAGACCAUUCAAUUUUUCAACUUGGGAUACCCAAGUUCAAGCCUGAGUCUCAGCUGACCUAACUAUUUAGGUUUCCUGCAUGGUGAAGGCUGAUAAAAGAAAGGGGACUCUUUUUCAGAAAGAUCGAGUAUAGCUAACUGGUUCAUUGGCCAAAGAACAUGCAUUACUGUCCAUGAAAAUCCCCAUGGUGGGCUGCAGUGUAACUUCAGAUAUGCAGGGCUACCAAUGUGGCAAUUAAAAUAAGUGACAAUAUAGUAAGUAGUGACAGCAUGAUGAAUACUCAGGGUUUUAAAGUCUGCACUUCUUUUACAAUGGGGAAAUAUGUCAUAAUUAGGGCGGAUAUUUAUAAAAUGCUAAUCAUGGAAAUAAGGGAUUAUUUCACUGGAAUUGAGAUGGGUGUGAGGUGAUGUUAGAACUUAACCCCUUUUAAGCAUACUAAAAUCAGCAUGAUAAUUUGAUGAAGCAGUAGUUGACAUUCAUUUAAUUUUGUUUUCAAGUGGAUGAUUGAACUUCAAAUUUGUAGGCUAGACGGAAGCUCUGAACCAAAGGUUUAUCUUAUUUGAGUUGCUCUGUUUAUGGAUUGAGUUCAAGGAAAAGUUUUAUUGAAAAAUCUUCAAUAAAAAUGUUCCAUUGUGUUUCAAAUUGUUUCAUCCCAUCUAAUGGGAGGCAGAACAGCUCAGUGGUUAGCACUGCUGCCUCACAGCACCAGGGACCUAAGUUCGAUUUCACCUCCUGGUGACUGUUUGUGUGGAGUUUGCACGUUCACCCUGUGUCUGUGUAGAUUUCUUCCGGGUGCUCCAGUUUUUUCCCACAGUCCAAAGAUGUGCAGGUUAGGUGGAUUGGCCAUGACAAAUUGACCGUCGUGUCCAGGGAUGUGCAAGCUAGGCGGGUUAGCCGUGGGAAAUGUAGGGUUACAGGGAUGGGGUGGGGUGUGGGUCUGGGUGAGAUUUUCUUUGGAGGGUUGGUGUGGAUUGUUGAGCCAGAUGGUCAGCUUCCACAUUUUAGUGAUUUUAUGAUUCUAUCUGUUCUGCUUUCUUUUAACACAUUGACUAAUGCACUUAUUUGAUAACAUCCAGCAUCCAACUCAGCUUGGGCAGCUUUAGAAAUUAUGUAGCCAUAAAUAGUUACACAUAGCCAUAAGUCAUUAUUUCUUUGAUUUUUUUUUGUCAUUGCCUACAGUUGGAUGAGUAGGUUGGGCUGUUUAUUUAGAACUGGACAAUCCUUAGAUACAUAUCUCUGUCCCACUUUUUGGGGCAGAUUUGGUUCUUAAGUGUCCUUAGCUAUUAAGCAAUCUCUAACCAGCACUACAAAAAGUUUACAUCUUGCUUCAAAGUUAUGGGUGCUACUGUAAACUGGCCCCUGUAUUCUCUGUUCUUGUGCUAUACAUUGACAGUCAUAUCGACGUUAAAUUAGAGACGAAGAAUAACAAUGAAGUGCUGUGAUCAAUGGAUUGCAGCAGCUCUUGUGAAAGUUUAUUGCAGUCACUGCCAUCUGACAAAUAAUUGGUGCUGCAAUUGGCUGAUUAAAUCUGCCUUAUAAGUUACUGCCAUUGGUGGCCAACAUUCAACUGGGAUAAUUAUUCUGAUAACCUGUAAAAACAAAAUUGUAGCGAUGCAGCUAGAGUGUAAAACAGUGUAGUAUUUUAAAAAUGUAGCAGAAUUCACCGUGGGAAUUUAAUAAACCAUUAGUGUUUUAUUGUAAAUGUAUUUGUGCAUAAUUGAGAAAUAUUAAUGCUUGUAAAUAAUUUUGUAAACUUCAAUGUAAACAACCCAGUAAACUGAAAGACUAAUGACAAAGUUAAAAGAUGAUAUCAGUUCAUUACAGAAUUUUCUUUUGUAUUUGUUUCUUGUAAGAUGCUUGCCAUCUCUUGGCUGUGACAGUUGAGAAACAUGGCGACGUCUGGGGUAAAUUAAGUGAGCACCUGGAAGUUAGCGAGGUUACUGUUGUCUUAAAUGUUACAUACUGUCUCUCUUUUGAGAGUCUUCACACUAAGGACAAUAUCCAGCCUAUGUGGCCUUCUUUCAAAAACAAAAUAAUCUUUUCUCAAAAUUUGAGCCUAACAAUGUCCAUGUUUGUUUUGUAAAAAUAUCUUUAUAAAUUGCAAUAUAUGGCUUCAGUAGUUCCACUGCAUGUCAUAAUUGUAAUUUCAAACACUGAUCAAUCAGUGUGUAAAACAUACUUGCAGUGCACUUUCCACAAGCCUUUGCAUUAGUCAGAGAGGUGCUAAAAAUAAGCUGCAUCUUGUAUGUGGUUGCAAGAGAAUUUUUGUGCUUUAUUUUUCCUAGUCGUAUCCACCGAACUAAUACGUACUAAUAUACUAGAAAUACAACUUAAUGAAUGUCAAGUUGAUGUACCCUUAUUUCAUAAAAUUUAAGUUAUCUAUAGCCAAAAUCCACUGUCGACAAUGAAGAUAUCCAAGGAUGUUAGCAAUAAAGGCCUUUUUUGUUUUUCAAAGGUUUAAACUUUUAUAUUAACAUAUUGAAGAAGAUGCAAUUCUAUGAAAAAUUGACAGCACCUAAAUUAUAAACGUGGAAAUUUGAUUUUCAUUUAUCUGACCGGUCUGGUUUUUUGAGCUACAUGAUGCUUCAGUGAAAAAUUGUUUAACCCCUUAUUUUCCAGUAGGGUAAAUACAGAUGUUGAAUAUUGCUGAAAAGAGAGGCAAGUUGCCAAAACCUCUUGUCAUGCACUCAUCAAGACAGAUACUAAAUGUCUAUUUCAAACUAUUGCAAUUUUUACCGCAGGUGGAAAGGGUGCUGAUUGACUAAUCCAAGUCAAUUAGUCAACCAGUGCAUUGUCAUUGAGAAAGCAACAGGGUGCUAUAUGCCUACCAAGCUCCCAGGUAAUUCAGAAAAGGUGCAAGACUUAAAUGUAGUUGUUUUGUAUGCAGAUAACUGGAAUAUAAUCAGUCAAGCUCAUAAUGUGUUUAAUUUAAGAUUGCUAAAAGUGACAGGUAUCAAUAUGCGGGAUCUCUUCCUCUGCAAACAAAAGUCAAUUUGCCAACAAACGUUUUUCUUGCAUUUCUCUAAAUAAAUAUAGAUGAAAAAUUUCAGCAACAUGUCUGUAUUUUCAAUAAUAAAAGGCAGAUUCUUCUGAGCAUUAUCAGUGGAAAUAAACUUAAAAGUCUUGAUUUGGGAUCAUCCUAAUUGCAUAGUGUAAUUUGGAGAAGGAAUGGUAACAAAUCAUUUACGAAAUGUAGAGAAAUAAAGGAUUCCAUUUAUAAUCCUGGGACAAGUCCAUUUGAAGAUUUCAAGGCUAUGCUAUGUAGCAUGUAUCCAGCCAUAUGUUGUAUCACUAAUGUUAACACAUGGUAUGAUGAUGACAUCUUUGACCUUGCUGCAAUUUCUAUUCUUUGUAGUUGAAUAAUUUUGCAUUGGGUUUUUGCUGGUUAUCAUUUUGCUGGUAGUCUUGCAGAAAGGUCUAGAUCUUGUGCUUUCUGCUCUGUUCAGAAUCAUACUGCUGCCAGUUUUAUUUUUGGUUUGUGAGCCUAAGCAUUGAGUUAUUGUUCUUUCAUUUCUUCCUUAAAGCUUUAAAGUUCAUAUGUUGAUGCAAGAUAAAUCAGAUGAUGUAGUAGCAGAGUCGUCAUCUAAAACCUCCAAUCUGUAGUUUAGAAAACAUUUUUUAAAAGAAAAUGUUUGAGCAGCCAAACCAUGUUAAGCAGAUUGUCCAUAACAUGUCACUGUACACUUAAAGAAGAAAAGCUAAUGCAAAAGGCACAUCUUCAAUCAAGCUAUUCAUGCAAAAAAAAAGGUGCUUUGGAAAUAUCUGAAAUUCAGAAAUAAGCUGAAGAUGUGUGUCAACUGUCUUCUGUUUGCCUCUGAUUAAAAUGAACCUACCAAAACAUUGGAAAACAAACUGUAAGGCCACUUAAGGAAGUGAUGGUGUUUCACAGACUGUUCUAUUUGUUUGAAUGCUCACCUUAAAUCUUGAAGUAAAAAUAUAAUUUGUGAUAUUUCAUAGAUUUAUUACUUCUGUGAGGGAAUGGAACGAGAACUCAGUGCCAAUAUGGCUGUGCAACAUUAUAUUCACUUUGACUGGCCUUCCUUUUAUUACUUUGGCCUGUACUUCCUUAGAAAUGUGGAUCAAAUUUCUACAUUUAAUGCUCGGUAAACUGCUUUAAUACAAGUUAUCAUCAUACUGCACAAGAAGGAGACAAAAGAAAACUUAAAUUUUUCAUCUGUUUUGAGCUCACCUUGACCUAUUCCUUCUGCCUCCCAACCAGACAAGCCAUUCCCAGCCAAACCUUCUUGCUGGCUGGUUGAGUGAUUUGUAUUUUUUUAAAGUUUGAGCAACAGGCACUAACAGCCAGGAGAAAACCUGGCUGCUAUUUGCAUUUUUCUUUUGUUUCCCAAUCCUGACCUCUGCCCUUGAAUCUGGACCUACCUCAAUAUAUUAGUUGUUUGCUGCAGCAGUGAUGAAGAAAUGGCAUAUUUCCCUGGUCCAAAAACAUAAAGACCGAAAUGAACAUUUCAAAAUGUAAUCCUAAUUUUUUUUAAAAAGUUUUAAAAUGGUGCAAAGUUGGGUAUACAGUUCUGUUUUCCUCUAAAGUUGAUUAUAGUGCUUUAUUUUGUUCUUCGUGCCUUGUGUAAUCAUCCCAUUGCAUGUCAAAAUCUGCUGGCGGGCUUAAAUAGCAGUGUAUGACUAUAUUGUACGUAAACUGCUUAAAUGAACAAAAUAGGUUGAAAACUUAAUAUAUUUUGAGAAGUUGUAAAGCAUCGUUAUUUAUGCUGCAUAGAAUGAUCAGUAUUGUUGCACUUUCUCAGCAGUCACUUAUGCCAUAUGACGGCUGUUUGCAGAAAAAAACUGCGGAAAAACGAGGUGAUCGGGACAAUGGUUUUGAAGAGAGAAAAAAAUGCUACUUGUAAAUCCUUAAGACAAAAGAGGAUUUAAAAUAUUUUCAAGUACCUCAAAAGCCUGACAUAUGCUGCAUUGAUAAAGUUUGAAUAUUCUUUGUUUUGCUUUUUUUUGUUUUGAAUUGCACAAACUCAUCUACCUUCUGUAACUACUGCAUUUUAAGAUGUUGGCUUGUUUCCUUUUUAUGGGCACUGGUAAAAUUGGGCACAAAGUGGACUUCCAGCAAAUUUUUAUUCAUGCUUUCAUGUUUUAAUCUAGGGUGGUUUUGAUCCUGAAUGCAAAUUGUUUUUUAAAUCUUUUUAACCAGCACAAGUGAGGUUUGUUACCUAACCUAGUGUUUGUGGUCCAUUUGCGCUUGAAUGAGCAGUUUACACUCCUGUGGCAAUGAGGAUUUGCAUUGCUUGCAGUUUGUUUUACUAAUGCUGUGUAAAUAGUUCCUGUAGGUUAAAUUUGUCCAUUCCUUUUUCAGUCAAUAUUUUUUAAUGAGUUGAAUAACUAUGCUGUAAACUCUUGACAAAAUAUGAUGUAUGAGUAUUAUAUAUGAAUUUGUGAAUCUGAAAUAUCAAUUUUUUGACUAGCAGUAUGGUAUGAUCAUUUUCUUAACAAAUAAACUUCUGUAACUUUAA